GAAGUUAUGGUUUAGGAGGGUUAAAUUUUAAGACUCAGGUUAUAGCUAAUAGUUACGACGAAGCAUUGAAUACUCCUGAAAGGGUUGUUAGAGAAAUAAAUUACGUUUCAAGUUCUUGGAUGUUCGAUGAAAAUCAAUCAAAAGGAACCUGGAUCGAUUAUUGCUUACCGUGCCAAAUCGUUGUACCUGAAGAAAGAGUCAUUGAUGGAGAAUACAUUUGGUAUGACAUUAAAUGUAAAAUAUUUGAUGCUGACGGGUUUCAGAGAAAUGAUUUG